UUGAUGCGCGAGAACCAGGGGUUUUGACCAUAGACAUGCAUGAACUAGGCUUGACGGCACGGGUUUUGCUCGGUGUACCGUCCGACUAUGGGUGUCCUGAGACAGGGGGCGCUGUUUCUAAAAUGAGUUCCUCAGAGGAGACCGAGACUGACGAUGGAACCCACGGCCUUGCGAGAAAGAGGGUCCGGGUAAAGAAGGCAGAGUCACCUGUACCCAGCUGUCUGUCUAUGAAGAGUGGUCAUUCAAUGCUUCUUCCAUACAACUUCAGAGGAGAGUUCACAGGUGAUCAAAGGGUCCGGGUAAAGAAGGCAGAGUCACCUGUACCCAGCUGUCUGUCUAUGAAGAGUGGUCAUUCAAUGCUUCUUCCAUACAACUUCAGAGGAGAGUUCACAGGUGAUCAAAGAAUUCCCUGCUCACCGGAUUUACGUCGUUUAGACGAGGAGAGUUCAGAGAAACGUUCCCCCUUAAAACAGGGCUCUCCGGUCCAGAGAGGAGCAGUUCCUGCACCAGACGGUGAUGUUCCCCAGCAGGAUUCUCUCAAUGGUUGCAGAGUAGAAGGUUUUCAGGAUCUUCUUGGAGACUCUGAACUUCCUCAGCUGUCUGAGAAGUCCACCACCAUCUCCUUGGUUUUGCUGACGUUCAGGAAGAGACGGUUGUCCUGGCCCCACAGUGACAGGUCUGCCACCUCCUGGAGAUAGGCCUUCUCGUUGUCGUUGGUGAUCGGGCCCACCACCACUGUGUCCUCAGCAAACUUGACGAUGGUGUUGGACUCAAACCUGGCCUCACAGUCAUGUGUGUACAGGGAGUACAGCAGAGGGCUCAACACACACCCCUGGGGGGCUCCAGUGCUGAGGGUGAGGGGGUUUGAGGUGUGCUUACCCACUCUAACCACCUGGGGUCUGGCGGUCAGGAAAUCCAGUAUCCAGGC